CUCUCCCAACUUUGAGAACCUCUGAAAGCUGACUGCUAUCGCAGUGUCUAUGGGAGUGCCAUCCCCUUAAGCAGACAACGGUAAAAGGCCUGAUUGAACUAUCUUCAUUCAUCCACCAUAUUUGAUGAAACUCCCACUCGAUCACUCGGUGCUCUUUUGACCGUCCUGGAUGAACCAAGAGCUGUGUUGUUUUUCCUAACUGGCUCUGGCACAGGAGAAAUGGUAGCUAGCUAGCAGUCUGUGAAAAUUUGUCUAACGCACGACUGUGAUUAUCUGAUCGAAAUAAUGAAUUUACUACCAUCAAACGCACAUGGGAACGGACUACUGUACGCGGGAUUCAACCAGGAUCAUGGUAAGGUCAGCAUGUGGAGCUCAGCGAUGAUAGACGAGUUUCCCACUAGUAGGAGGGACAAUUUGGGGUGUCAGUCGUAUGUGGAUGCUUUGCUUGCGGAAUGGAGAAUGGGUUUAGAGUGUACAACACAGAUCCACUCAAAGAGAAAGAAAAACAAGGGACACAGCAUUGUGACAGCGAGAGCCAAGAGUUCAUGGAGGGCGGGGUCGGGCAUGUGGAGAUGCUGUUCAGGUGUAACUACCUAGCGCUGGUUGGAGGAGGAAAAAAGCCCAAAUACCCACCUAACAAAGUGAUGAUCUGGGAUGACCUGAAGAAAAAGACUGUUAUAGAAAUUGAGUUCUCCACAGAGGUCAAAGCAGUGAAGCUUCGAAGGGACCGGAUCGUGGUGGUCCUGGACUCUAUGAUCAAAGUGUUCACGUUCACUCACAACCCUCAUCAGCUGCAUGUGUUUGAGACCUGCUAUAACCCCAAAGGUCUGUGUGUGCUCUGUCCCAACAGUAACAACUCUCUGCUGGCGUUCCCGGGGACCCACUCUGGGCAUGUGCAGAUCGUAGACCUUGCCAACACAGAGAAGCCUCCAGUGGACAUCCCCGCCCACGAGGGGGCGCUGUGUUGCAUCGCCCUCAACCUGCAGGGAACCAGGAUAGCCACUGCCUCCGAGAAAGGGACCCUGAUCAGAAUAUUUGACACCAUGGCAGGCCACCUGAUUCAGGAGUUGAGGCGAGGGUCACAGGCUGCUAACAUCUACUGCAUCAAUUUCAACCAGGAUGCGUCCCUCAUCUGUGUGUCUAGUGACCACGGUACAGUCCACAUAUUCGCUGCAGAGGACCCCAAGAGGAACAAACAGUCCAGCCUAGCCUCUGCCAGUUUCCUUCCUAAGUACUUCAGCUCCAAGUGGAGCUUCUCCAAGUUCCAGGUUCCAUCAAACUCGCCGUGUGUGUGUUCCUUCGGAACAGAACCCAACUCUGUCAUAGCCAUUUGUGCUGAUGGCAGCUACUACAAGUUCCUAUUCAAUCAGAAGGGGGAGUGUUCCCGAGACGUCUACGCACAGUUCCUGGAGAUGACAGACGAGAAGAUCUGACCUUUCACCCUACCACCUCCUGCAAACGGACAGACGUGUACAUGGCGGAUGGGUUUAUCUUCUGGAGCAGGAGGACGAGGGGGAUGGACAGAAGGAGGAGAUGAUGUUUCUGCUCACCCACUGCUGAUGAACUCUACGUGAAGCGUCAGAGGGAAGGUGAGAGAGACACCAUCUCGGAAACAA